AUGGAUGCCAAAACUAAGAGGCACUUAUCGAUCAAGUCAGCUAUAAAACUUCCAAAGCGUGUUAAAAAUGUCGGCGAUAUUAAACGGCAAGAUCCAUAUAAUUUCCUCGGAUUGCUUAACGCCCUCGACAAAGAAAACGUUAAAUCUUCAAAAGGUCCUCGACCGUCACUCGAGAUUGUAAUGGGCAAUGAGUCUGCCGAUCUCGAUUCUAUAAUUUCCGCAACAUCUUAUGCUGUUCUAACUAAUACACUCGAGAAUAAGACUUGUAUACCGCUAGUCCAGAUACCAAAGUCUGAACUUAGACUUCGGCAAGAAUGUGUUCACGUGUUGAAAGAAUGUGGUUUAAAUCAGAAUAACCUAAUAUUCGUAGACGAUUUUGGCAAAGUGAAAAAAGUGUUGGACAAGUAUGAUUGUAGAAUAGUGCUUGUGGAUCACAAUAAAUUGGUGAGUCAAUGGGAAGGUGAAGGAGGAAAAGUUUAUAGAAUAAUAGAUCAUCAUAAGGAUGAAAACCUAUACGAUUCAGUAAUUGGUGAAAACCGGAAGAUAAAAAUUGUUGGCUCGGCCUGCUCGUUAGUCACACUCGAAUUCAAAGAUCUUUGGGCAAAGGCCACCGACAGCCAGAAAAAGACUCUUGAGAAAUUGUCCAAGCUUUUGUUGGCCCCAAUUUUAGUCGACACUAUAUCGCUUGACGAGAGUAAAGGCAAGACCAAGGCUGAAGACCAGAACGCUGCCAAGUUUCUACUCGAGAUUAUGUCGGACUAUAGUGGCAUCCAGAAGGCUCGGUUUGACGUAAGCCACCUAUCGGAUUUCGAUCUUCUCCGUAAAGAUUACAAGCAAUGGGAAAUCGCAUCGUUACAGCUCGGUAUAUCUGCCGUGACUUGGGAUCUCAAUUCUUGGACUGAAGCACGGACUCUUGAGAAAGUCACUGAAUCGUUCAACAAAUAUGCCGAACAUAAGAAACUUGAUUUGUUGCUCGUAGCAACCAUCUGCGAUCAUCCAGAAAAUGGAUUUCAACGUGAAUUGGUAAUAUGGCCUGUUAGUGAGAAGAUCGACAAGAAACAACUUGUAGAAAAAUUGGAGGCUUCUGAAUUAUGUUUGGUGAACAAUGGAAGAUAUAAGCAUAACGCUUUUUAUAAUCAGCAGAACGUUGAAAUGUCACGGAAACAAAUUUAUCCAUUAGCAGAGACUAUACUGAGAUCGAUGAUAAAUAGAGAUCAAGAUUAA